AUUAUUGUGACUAAAAACAACCAGAGGAUUGAUUAUAAACAUCGUUUGACAUGUUUCUAAGAACUUUACUGAUACUUUUUGGAUUUUUCGUCUGCCUGUUGUGACUGCCUUUGAGCCAAUGGAUUACUGAACAAAACGUGCCAACAACACGGAGGUUUUUGGAUAUAAAGAGGGACUUUAUUGAACAAAAUGAACAUUUAUUGUGUAACUGGGAGUCUUGUGAGUGCAACCAUAUGAAGAUGAUCAAAGGUAAGUGAUUACUUUUAUUGCUAUUUCUGACUUUUGUUACUCCUCUACUUGGCUGGUAACUGUUUAAUGUUUUGUGUGCUGGGCGCUGUCCUCAGAUAAUCGCAUGGUAUGCUUUCGCCAUAAAGCCUUUUUGAAAUCUGACACAACGGUUGGAUUAACAAGAAGGUUAUCUUUAAGCCGAUGUAUAACACUUGUAUGUUUUAUGAAUUGUUAUUAUGAGUAUUUCUGUUUUUCACCGGAUGUUGGCCAGGUGGGACGGUAGUGUCCCACAUACCCUAGAGAGGUUAAAAGAAAACACAUCUUAACUCAGAAUCGACCCUUGAUGCACAUUUUCAUAGGUCUAUUAUGUAUUUGUUUCUCCAUGGGGUGCCAGGUACUGGGAGGCGGUGCUGGAGCUCCUGUGGCCCAGGUUUGAGCUCAUCCUGGAGAUGAACAUUCAGAGCAUCCGCAACACGGACCCCCAGAAACUGGGCGUGUUGGACACCAGACCACACUAUAUCACACGUAGAUACGCAGAGUUCUCUUCUGCCAUCGUUAGCAUUAACCAGACAUUCACCAGCGAGCGAACCCACACCCUCCUUGGCCAACUGCAGGUUGAAGUGGAGAACUUUGUCCUGAAGAUGGCUGCAGAGUUCCCUUCACGCAGGGACCAGCUCAUCUUCCUCAUCAACAACUACGACAUGAUGCUCAAUGUCCUCAUGGAGAGGGCAGCCGAUGACAGUAAAGAGGUUGAGGGCUUCCAGCAGCUCCUCCAGGUCAGGAGCCAGGAGUUUAUUGAGGAGAUUCUGUCCUCCCCCUUUGGUGGCAUGAUAGCGUUUGUGAAGGCGAGCGAGGCGUUGAUAGAGAAAGGCCAGCUGGAUAGAGGGAAGAAUGAUGAAGCCCAUAUCACCCAGCUAAUCAGGGGGUUUUCCAGCACAUGGAAACAGUCUGUGGAAGCUCUGAGUCAGGAUGUCAUGAGAUACGGCACUGGUAUCAUUCAGGGGGCACUCACCCAGCUCAUCCAGUACUACCAUGGCUUCCACAAGGUGCUGUCCCAGCCCACCUUCUGCAGCCUGGCCGUGCGCUCGGAGCUCAUCAACCUGCACCACCUCAUGGUCGAGGUCAAGAAACACAAGCCCAACUUCUAACUGGACACUUCCAAGGGUAGAGACUGGGGAUGUGAUGGAUUAAAUGAAGAUGCUCAAAAUCAGACAUGGCCUGAUUGGAAACAAGUAGAAGAGUAUAUCCCUUUGCUUGUGACAUCGCUCCACUGAUUAAGGACAGUGUAUUGCACGUGGGAUCCUGUCGUUUGUGAUUUGACAUUGUAUCAAUGUCAAUAGGUAAGGUCUUGUGUGAAAGUGCUACUUUUUUUUCAUGGGUGCUGGGUUCUUUGCUUUCAGGGAGGGGAUAUGGGGAUGAAGAGACAGAAAUGGGAUAUGGGAAGGUUCAGUGGUUAUAUGGAUUGACAGGAGAGAUCACAGAAAUCAAAGGCUGUAAGAAGAAAUAUAGUAGAUGGUCUAUUCCAGACAGGGCUGCACAACUCAGGCCCUCAAGUUGGUGCUGGUAUUCAUUUCUCCCUAGCACAUAACUGAUCAAUUACUUUCCCAGGUAGAAUCCAGUCUUGGGAUUCACAGUCACACCCACAGUCUUAUGAUUGUGAGAGGGAGGAGCAAGAGGUAGAGGUAUCAUUGCAGUUCAGUGUGAAAAGGAAAAGAGUGGUAUCUCCCAGGCCCUUGUUCUGUGUUCUCAUACAUGUACACUGAACAAAAAUAUAAACGCUACAUGUAAAGUGUUGGUCCCAAGUUUCAUGAGCUGAAAUAAAAAAAAUCUAUUAAUUUAC